GUAAAAAAAACUUAGUUUCCGACCGCGUGCCAUAUAACAGGCAGCGAGCAUCCAAAUUUUAAGAAUCUUACACAUUCACCAAUCAUUGAUUCAUUUGAUCAAGUGACUUGCAUACGGUCGGUCACGUGUUCUUCAUAUUUUAUUCUCCAUUCGUGUUGAAAAAAACUUGGCGUAUUUUUUUGCCAGAAAAAAAACUGUUCCAUCAUCAUAAUUAUGUAUCCACAGCCACAACAUUAUGGACAUCAUCAUCAAACACAAGUCCAUUCAUUGACUAUGAUGAUGGCGAAUCCGGUUGUUACUGCUCAGCAUUAUAAUAAUUCGGCGAUACCACCCUCAACAACAAGCUCAUCUUUCAGCGGUAAUUUUUCGAUGAUGAACGAUUCCGAUCAGCCAACAUAUACAACAUUAGUUCCACCACCACCACUAGCAUCAUCGGGAAUUAAACAUCAUGGAAUAAAUAGUUGUGGUGGUGGUGGCGAUGAUUCGAUGGCUACAACAUCAACGGAUGAAGAAUUGGAAACAAUAAGCCAUAGUAGCAGCCAUAAGAGUAUACAAAUGGGCGAUACGAAUAGCCUUGACAGUAGCUGUCAUUUGAUGAGCCGAAAAAAACGACGAGGGAUGAUUGAAAAACGUCGAAGAGAUCGUAUCAACAAUUCUUUGCAUGAAUUGAAACGUCUGGUACCUGCUGCAUUCGAAAAACAAGGCUCAGCCAAAUUGGAAAAAGCCGAAAUUCUUCAGAUGACUGUUGAUCAUUUACGUAUGCUACAUUCAAAAGGAUUCGAUGCAUUCUCAUUUGAUCCGCAUAAAUUUGCUACCGAUUAUCAUAUCAUUGGAUUUCGAGAAUGUGCAGCCGAAGUUGCAAGAUAUCUGGUUUUGCAUGAAGGGUUGGAUUUUCAGGAUCCACUUAGAUUGCGUUUGAUUAGUCAUCUUCAAUGUUAUUCAGCACAACGUGAAAUAAGCCUGAAAUCUAGCACAGAAUGGAAUCCGAGUUUGUUCACAACGCCCAUGAAUCAUACGGCACAACCGUCUUCAACAGCAACUUCAACAUCAACUAGCUCGACAAUGGCAUCAUCAACAAAUUCAGCUCCGAUCACAAAUAGUAACAGUACAUUACAUUCAUCAUCAUCCACCACAACAACUUCUCAGGCACCUAAUUCCGGUUGUAGCGAUUCUAAUAAUAACAUGCAAACUGCCAUGUCAUCUUCAUAUCAACAAUCAUCUAGCGGAAAAUCCGAUUCGAAUCCAUCCAACACACAGCAUUCAUCAUAUAAUACUGGUUAUUAUGGACAAUAUGAUACUACCGGGAAAUUGGAUCAUAUAAACGGUAUUAGUUCAAUGUCUUGUAACAAUACGGGAAUCAAAUCACCAAUGUCACCUGCAUUCACGACAUUGAACUAUGCAGGUGCUUCUUCAGCUGCCGUCGCCAUUCCUAAUUCUCCAUCAACAACAACCAAUUCAUAUUCAUAUUCAUAUCCGACUUCUGCUGUCGGUGGUUCAUAUUUUGCACCGAAUGCUACUGCCGGUUACAUGCCAGUAACAAUGAUGCCUGGUCCAACAUCUAUGGCUAUCUCUUCGAAUAAUAAUCAAGCUGGUAUUCCAGGUCAAACUGGACAAUCAAAUGGACAAGGCAAUGUGAAUUCUGUUAAACAUUAUCGUCCAUGGGGUACCGAAUUGGCUUAUUGAUAUCAUAUUAAGCUUAAUGCUCAUUAAUUAUAUCUAGUCAUUUUAUUCUUUCAUUUUGA